CCCUUUCUCUUUCUCACUCAAACACACACACACACACACACACUGCUACCUGGAGGCACGCCACACCUGCUGCGUAUGACAUGAGAGAACUACAUGUCCUGUGCUCACAGCUGGAUAUGUUGGAACAGCGCGUUUUUGAUGAAGAGGAGCAGAAAGAUUGAGGGUGCGUGUGUGUGCGUGAGGACGUUCAGCAGGAGACCGAGGGGACCAUGGUUAUGUUGAAGAUCUCUGCUUUCCUUGUUGCCUAUGCCCUGGUCAUUUGCCAGAUGUACUGCUCACAAGCCGCCCCCGCCAGACCAGGUUUAGAGUCGAUGUCAGACCGAGUCACGCUCACGGACUACGAGGCGCGAAGGCUACUAAACGCCAUCGUCAAGGAGUUUGUUCAGAUGACAACAGAGGAGCUGGAGCAGCAGGCGACUGAAGGAAACAGCAGCGUUACAGCACAGAAACGAGCCUGCAACACAGCGACCUGCGUGACCCACCGCCUGGCGGACUUCCUCAGCCGAUCAGGAGGAAUGGGCAACAGCAACUUCGUCCCCACCAACGUCGGCGCCAAAGCCUUCGGCAGGCGAAGGAGAAGCAUUCAGAUGUGAGCGCUCCAACACCUUCAGGGAAAUGGUUGACGACUUGAAAAGAAAUCAUCAGAAAAAUAAAUAAAAACAAAACAAACAAACAAACAAAAAAAAAAACCCUGUGAACAAAAAUCUAUAGAAACACGAUUAAACAGAAAAUACUGAACUGGCCCUUUAUCCAAUCUUUCUCAUCGCUACAGAAAAACAAAACAUUGUUUUAUCCCCAUUUUCAUCCUGUUAGUGAAACGUUUUGCUUUUGGCAACUUAGAGAGAAAAAAAGAGGAAAAAAAAGCACUUUACUUUAUGUACAUGAACAAAUGAACUCCUUAAGAAAUAAGGGAAAAAAAAACAUCCCAAUGAUUUCCUUUUAUACAUAAAACUUAUUGUAAAAUAAAAUGAAAACAGCAGUGGUUAUCAUUUUUCUUAUUUUCAAUCUGUCAUCUUGUCAGAGCACAUUUUCCACCCCCUCCACAUCUCACUCCAACACCUCCCGUUGUUCACCUUCUUCCAGAGGGUCGCCUGCUUUUCCAUGCUCCAGAGGGACGCCAUUAAAGAUCCGCCUCCCCAAGGCCACCCCCCUACCCUACCCCCAUACACACACACAACGGCUGUUGUCUUUGUGCCUUGAUGUAGAACAAUUUACACGAACAUGAUUGUAGAGCUCUGUUUCCAGGUUCCCAAGCGAGGAAGAAGAGAAUGAAAAUGCAUUAAUAUUGUAAACAAUAUUGUGAAGAAAAAAACAAUUUCAGCAAGAUUAAAAUGUAUUUUAGAUACAUUCGGGUUUUGGGUACUUGUGUUGUUCUUGAAAGGCUUUUGCACAGAGAUCAUCAAACUUCAGUUUGUGCUGUUGGUAUUACAAAAUACUGCUCCUAAGUUAGACAUAAAAACACAGAAUAACUUUUGAUACACUGGUUUGAGAAUAAAUGGUUGAAUGAAAUGUAGUAGAUGAAAUUUGGAUGUUAAAUCCACAGUCAUGCACAUUAUUAAAACAACUCUUUCAUUGAGAGUAUUUAUGACUCACA